AUGGAGGUGAGCGGCGGAGACGCCCGUCCGCCCUCUUACCUCCCAGGCCUUAGGGAGGGACCUGAGCCGAAAGUCGCGUUACGUGGAGGUGCGAAUCGCUACUGGAACCUCAGUGCCGAUGCCAGCAGUCGGCUAACAGAUGUCUUCAACAGCGUGAUGUUGACUGGCUCCCCUUCCUUCUAUGAUUGCUACAAAUCGCAGCCGAAAGUCGCGUUACGUGGAGGUGCGAAUCGCUACUGGAACCUCAGUGCCGAUGCCAGCAGUCGGCUAACAGAUGUCUUCAACAGCGUGAUGUUGACUGGCUCCCCUUCCUUCUAUGAUUGCUACAAAUCGCAGAGUGAAGACAGUGUUGACCUAAGGCAGACCUAUGCUCCACUUUCUUCAUCAACAGAAUAUGCAAGUUCUGUAGAUUCUUCACUUUUCUGUGCACCAUGGUCUACGUAUGGAGAUGAUAUUAAACAGCCCUCUAAUUCUCAGAUCAAUGUAAAGAACAGGAUUCAAACAGAAAGAAAUGACUAUGGUAGUGAAACAGACUUAUAUGGACUUGUGUCUAACAUUUUGGAAGAGCAAGAUAAAUCACAGCCAUAUUUCACUGAGGGGACCUGCUCCUCCAAUUUAAAGUCAGUUUGGCCAGUGAACACAAGCAGAUUUGCAGAUCACCAUGACCUCUUAACAGAAACCAAAAGGCCAAUAGAUACAGCCAUCUCUCAGCAAGCUUUUUAUACUGGUGAAUCUGUGUCAGCAGUGGAAAAGCAGUACCUGCAUAAUAGUAAUCUGAUACCACAACAAAAAAUAGAUGAACUUUAUCAUGGAUUUACUGGUUUAGACCUUGAAGAACAAUGGAUGUACCCCUCACGAAGUGAUCAUUCUAACUGGUACAGUAUUCAGACAAAUGAUACAGCUAAGACGACAUUUCAAGAAUAUCUAUCUAUCAAAAAAUGUUUUACACCACACAUUGGUCUGUCUGACAUCAUGAAAGAAUCAGGAGUUGAUACCUACUCUUAUGGAAGAGAGAAAAUAUGUGCUAAAGGUCUUGAAGCACCAUUACAGCAAAAGAGGGCAGAGAUGUUUCUUUCCCAAUUUAAUAGAUACAAUGAAAAUGCAGAUUAUUGUAGAUACCCAGAAUAUGCUUAUCCUAAUAAGGCUAAGCUGAAUAAGUGUUCAAAUUUUAGUGUCCAAGAUAGUAAAAAAUUAGCCAGUGGGACACCUGAAACACCAACUGUAGAAGCAGACACCUACACAAAGUUAUUUCAGGUUAAACCAGCAAAUCAGAAAAAAAUGGAAGAGACAAUAUCUGACCAGCAGAAUUUCACAUUUCCAAAAACUAUACCACAUCUGACAGAAAAACAGUUUGCAAAGGAAGCAUUUACUGCUGAUUUUGGCUUAAAAUCAGAAUAUGGACUAAAACCUCACACAGCUUGUCCAGCUAAUAAUGAUUUUGCUAAUGUCACAGAAAAACAACAGUUUACUAAACCGGACCCCCCAAAUUCUGAGUAUUUUAGGUCAGUGAAUUUACUGGCAAACUCAGCAGCAUCUUCAGGCGGUAUCAACUUAAACAGACCAACUUGGAUGAAUGUCCAAACAAAAAAUAACACUCUUAUUCCUUAUCGAAAUCAAGGUAACUUGAUGAAAUUAAAUACUCAUUUAAGUGCAGCUUCAAAAGGUUCUAACCAUUCUUCAGAUUUCCUGCAACUAUCAUCUACAAAUUUAUCAGCAAAUAGCAAUUUAUUUCAGAAGUAUUGCCAAGAAAACCCAUCACCAUUUUCUAGUUGUGAUUUUGGUUACAAUGGUGCAGAAAGAAUUCAAUCUGUCACUCACAUGGAAGGACUGACAAAGACUGGAGAAGAAAAUCUCUUUGAAUCUGUUAACGAAAAAAAAAUAAAGCAGCCAAAUGGAUUUUGUGAUAACUAUUCAGCUCAGCAGUAUGGGAUCAUUGAAAAUGUAAACAAACAUAAUUUUCAAGCUACACCCCAGAGUGGCCAUUAUGACCCCGAGGAAGGGCCAAAGCAUUUAGAUAGCUUAUCUCAAAAUACAUAUCAAGAUCUGUUGGAGUCACAGGGUCAUUUUAAUAGCCACAGACAGGGAAGUAGAGACAACAGUAUUAAUAGCCGUGUGAAUCGCACACAGGUGUCAUGCUUUUCUAAUAAUUAUAUGAUGGGAGAUUUAAGGCAUAAUCAGAGUUUUCAACAACUUGGUUCAAAUGGGUUUCCCAUAAGAUCCACACACCCAUGUGGCUAUUCAGUUGUUCCACUGUUGGAUUCCUAUGAUUUGUUUUCUUAUGAUGACUUAAGCCAUUUAUACCCGUAUUUUAAUGAUAUGAUGUAUGGUGAUAAUUCCUUUUCUGGUUUCGUGCCAACUUUUGGAUUUCAAAGACCAAUUAAAACCCGCAGUGGACCAGCCAGUGAACUUCAUAUUCGUCUAGAAGAGUGCUAUGAACAAUGGAGAGCAUUAGAAAAGGAGAGAAAAAAGACUGAAUUGGCCCUUGCCAAAAAUUAUCCAGGGAAAAAGGUAUCGAGUACUAAUAAUACUCCAAUUCCAAGGCUGACCUCCAACCCAUCUAGAGUUGAUCGCUUAAUUGUGGAUGAACUUCGAGAACAAGCCAGAGUUGUGACUUUACUGGGCAAAAUGGAACGGCUUCGAAGCUCUCCCCUUCAUGCCAGUAUCUCUACAGCUCUUGAUAGACACUUGGAGUCCAUUCACAUUGUACAGUCACGUAGAAAGGACGAAAUUGUUAAUGCUUCAAAUCGGCAAAGGCAGGGUGUUCCUAGAUGCCAAGAUGACAGAGAUGUUUUUGCCCUUGCUUCAGCAAUUAAAGAGAUGUGUGUGGCUACUCGGAAAGCACGCACUACCCUGUGGUGUGCACUGCAGAUGACCUUGCCAAAAACAGCCAGUACAGCUGGCCAAACAGAUGUGGAAAAGGCUUUACAAGAUAUAGUAAACUGUGAAGAUAAAGUCCAUGAAAGCCUAAAUAGUAGCAAUCCAAUGAACCAGAGAAGUCAACAAACAUUAAGGAAAUGCCAGCAGAAAGAAGAAUAA